AUAUUUCUUGCCAAUCCGGUCCGUCAUCUUAUCUGCCCACUUCACUUGCUUUUCACAUACCCAGCAUCGCCUGUAACCCAUGACCAGCAACAGCGAUGUCAUCCACAGCUUCACUCUAUGUACAAUACAAAAAAGCCGAGGAACAAGCCUUCUGUAAGUUGUUCGCGAACCAGCCCUAUUUUGGCUGGAAGGGCUGGAAGCUCCGACAGUGGCACGAUCACCUGCCUUUGUACUUGAAUCCACAGACAGCAGCCGAGGUGAUCAAGAACAUUGAAACAUCGAUCGAACUACGCAACGGCAUUGCCGAAACGUAUGCAGCAGCUUUGAAAACGUCAAAGGACAGCCGUCAUGAAUAUUUCGUGCAAUUUUUGAACAGCCUUGUUUGCGCCGUGAGACUUCUACCGGCCGGACCGACGAACACUGGGCACGACUACUACCGUGACCAUAAGGCGCAGACAAUCGACACUGAUGAAGAAUCCUUGGGUGACGAGUCCCUUGACGAGGCUGGACCGACGAAUCUUGGACACGAGGAGCCCUGUGAACCUCAGGCGCAGACAGUCGACACUGGUGACGAAUCUUUGGGCGACGAGUCUCUUGACGAUUUGGAUCGAAUCAUGUUCCAGAACGCGGUGCAAACUUUCUCGCUUGAAGCCAGUGAAAACUGGAGGAAAGCUGGUAAAGGGGAACGUCCGUUGUCAGCGGCUUCGAUCAUUUCCAACAUGCAAGCCACAGAGCUUAAGGCCUUCCUGGCCCAAGCUGAGCUGCUUCAUCCCUCGUGGUUCGAGCCGCAGGACUGGGUUUCGUGGCACAUGGAAGAUCCAGCUCUUCACUUUGAACAGCUGAUCUUACCGAUUAUGAAGUCAGGGUUGAAAUUUUCAGACUCACCUGUCGCGAUUCAGCAUUUGGCCGACUCGCAGGCUCCACAGAAAGGGCCAGACAACAAGUCGCUCCACCGUCUCAUCUGGAAGGGUCUUGUUGAUGCUUCCAUGAAAGCGGUGAGAAGAAACGAUGUAAACGAUUCCCGGGAGAUUGUGAAACAGAAGAUUCAAGAAACGCUACAUCUGGGUGAGCAGCAUCGAGCCAUGAUGGAAAUGACCUUGACAUCCGUCAAACCGUCUCGAUGUUUCAGGCAUGGGCUCAGUCAACAUCCGACAUUCUUUCGAUUGGUCAGAUAGCAGAGUUUGCAGAAGUCCAGUCGGUC